AAAUUUAAAACAAAUUUUAAAGCAAGUCAAUAAUAACGGUCGUCGGCCAAUGUCAACAACAACUAGCGGUGGAGGAGGAAGAAGAAGGGAAGGAGGAGGAUGGGAAAGAAGAGAAGAAGGUCAACAAAGUGAAGUAGAUUAUAGUUCUAGCGAUUUUCAACAUGCUAGGGCAGCUAUAGAAGAAGCUGCUGCUCGACAACAAAAUUUUAGAGGGCCUCCAGACAGAUUAAGACGUGUUAGGAGGAUUGGGGAUACAACUGUUAUAACAGAACAUCGAGACCCUUAUUCUUUCUAUUGGCAACUGGACCAAUUAAAAAAUGCCGAGCAAGAACCAGCUAGAUUACCUCCACCUGUUGAUUAUGUUUUGGAAGAGGAGGAAGAAGAGGAGCAUUGGAUAACAGAAGAGGAGGAAAGGCAACCGCCCGGUCCUCCCCAAUUUCUUUCGCCCGAUAGUGGUGUACAUUUUGUUCCGAGAGGGGAACAUGGGGAAGAAUUGGAGGUGGAAGAAGAGCAACAAGGCCCUGUCUAUUCGCCCAUCAGAAUAAGUGAAGACCCUUCCGCCUUCUCCCAUUAUUGGCAUGUUGAUAGCGGACCCCGUUUAGAAGAAGAAAAACGACCACAACCUCCACAACGACUGGAAGAGGCAAAAAUAAAUUUAAAAAUAUUUAAAUUUAAUUUUUGUAGCCAAUUCCCUCCCCAAUACAAGAAAAGCCCCCAAUCCCUUCUCCCCCAAUAA